AUGGGUUUUCCCUCAAAACCCUUCUCUUGUUUCCUCCUUCUCUCUUUCUUUCUCUUUGUAAAUCUCUCUCAGUCUGCCCUUGAUUACAGCACCUUGGUCUACAAGGGCUGUGCAAAGCAAGCUUUUCAAGAUCCAAAUGGUGUCUAUUCACAAGCUAUCUCUGCUCUUUUUGGUUCUUUAGUCUCUCAGUCCACCAAAACUAAGUUCUUUAAAACCACCACUGGGACUGGCCAAUCCACAAUAACUGGUCUCUUUCAAUGUAGAGGAGACCUUAGUAAUACUGACUGCUACAACUGUGUCAGCAAACUGCCAACUUUAGUAGACAAACUUUGUGGCAAAACAAUAGCUGCAAGAAUCCAGCUUUAUGGAUGCUACAUUUUGUAUGAAGUUGCUGGCUUUGCGCAAAUUUCAGGUAUGGAAAUGCUGUACAAGACUUGUGGGGCUACAAAUGCGGCAGGAAGUGGGUUCGAAGAGAGAAGAGAUACUGGCUUUUCAGUGAUGCAAAAUGGUGUGGUUAGUGGCCAUGGCUUCUAUGCUACCAACUAUCAAUCUAUGUACCUUUUGGGGCAGUGUGAGGGCGAUGUUGGAGAUUCAGAUUGUGGUGAUUGUGUGAAAACUGCUAUCCAGCGAGCUCAGGUUGAAUGUGGGAACGCUAUUUCAGGCCAAAUCUACCUCCAUAAAUGCUUUAUUAGUUACACUUAUUACCCAAAUGGAGUGCCCAGGAGAUCGUCAUCAUCUUCUUCAUCUUCCAAUUCUUUUUCGUCAGGGACAGGGCAAAGUCCAGGGAAGACGGUGGCCAUUAUAGUAGGAGGGGCAGCUGGUGUGGGGUUCGUGGUCAUUUGCUUGUUGUUUGCAAGAGGUUUGAUGAAGAAACACGAUGAUUAUUAA